GGACUUUUGGCGGGAACGCGAGGAAUGAAGUUGAGUGAUUUGUUUUAUUUUGUCUAUUUAGUGUUUCUUCGGGUUUAAAUGUGUAAUAAUGGUGGUUUAUUAACUGUUUAAUAUCUGUGAAAGUGCACAAAUGUGGGAAAAUGAAACAAUGCCGCUGGACGUAACUUCUCGGGAUCCUCCAAAAAGUCCACUGAAAAAAUCUUAGUAAAUGACCACCAUUUUACUGAGAUUAUAUUUCAUCCCAUAUCAUCUCAAUUCAUUUCAUUUCAUUUCACUCCAUAAUAUCAUUUUUCAUAAAAUAUGAAUAAUAUAAAUUAAAAUAAGACAUGACUUAAAGGUAUCAGUCACUAGGUCAUAAAAUCUCUUAAAAAAUGUAAAUUAUGUAAUUAAAUGUGUUUUGAGUUACGCACUCAAGAUUAAUUAUAAAUUCACAGCAACUACAUAUAUACUUCGGAUUGUAUACUGUUCACUCUUAGUUUACACAACGCUAGGUCUUUCAUAUUAGGCUGUAUAUAGGAAAGCACCUGAAAUGUCUAACAAAUAUAAAAGCGGUGAAGUUAUAGUCCGUGCAGCAACUAAACAUGAUAUGAGUGCAGUCGCUGAAAUGAUACAGGAAUUAGCAGAUUACGAGAAAAUGUCUGAUGGUCCAAAAUUAUCCAUUAAAGAUUUGGUGCAUGACGGCUUUGAAAAACAACCACCUGAGUUCUUCUGUAAAGUUGCAGAAAAACACAAAGAAAAUAUCUUAGGUUAUGCUAUUUACUUUCCUGUGUAUUCCACGUGGGAGGGACGUGCGCUAAUGCUGGAGGAUCUGUACGUGAGAAUGAAUGAGCGGCGCAGAGGUGUUGGUAGAUUGCUUUUCGAUGCAGUUGCAAAGGAAGCGUCAGCGACGGGCUGCUGCCGCCUGGACUUCCACGUCCUGGAGUGGAAUCCUGCUUGUUCGUUUUACGAGAGCAAAGGUGCGGUAAAUCUAACUAACAAGGAGCAGUGGUGCUACUACAGGCUUACGGGAGAUGCAUUACGUGACUUUGCCAAAGAUGGCUAGCGGCCGCGGCACCCUGACAGUACACGCUGUACCAACCGACCCGGACUCCGUCUAUCAAGUGCCUGCGGUUCGAUCUUUGACACACGGGAAGACAUCCUCACAUAUCCAUACAUUCAGUUACCUGGUCGCGGAACCAUUUAAAUAAAAUUAGAUAGGGUACAAGAAAAUAGUUCUAUGUGCUGAUUUUGUUUUUAUUUAUUAAGUUUACACCAUAAAUCGUUUUGUACA